AUGGACCCACGAGACUUUGAAAAAGGUUCGAGACUUCUGCCAAACCUUGGAACUUCCACAAACGAGAUCAAAGAAAUUGUCCAAGGCCUAAACGGCCCUCCAUUCAGUUAUAAUUUGACACUAGUCAGCUUUGACGAAAAAAGCCCUCAAGAGCUGCAAGAAUUAUUAAUCGAUAUCAUUACGAAGCUCAACCCAAAGCAAAAAAUCGACCUCUCUACCGAUCAAAGCGAAAUCGCUCAAACAGUUGUGGAGUUCUUAAAAGUGUUAGGUUAUACCAGCAACUUUGAUAUGGAAUUCCAACGCGGGCUUUUAUACGGCGAUAAAAGAAUUCUCUAUCCAAUCUUCCACUAUAUCAUUUCUAACCUCCCCCUAAUGCAAGCAAGAGCAUAUCUUGGCAAAUUCUUGGUCACCAUACACGUUCCGGACGAGUUUUUAGUGGAAGAGGACAUGAAAGAGUUAUAUCAAACUUAUAAGGAAUUGAUGGCACAGUUCCAAGUAACCCACCAAGAACUUGAGCAGGUCCGCCAGCAAGCUUUGCCUCCUCAAGAACUAAAGCGUGACAUCGACCAAUUAGAGCUUGAAAAAGAACAACUUGUCACCAAAAUUUCUAAACUGAAAGCAAGAUACCAAGGAAAUGAAGAAUUUCAGCAGCUGCUAGAAGCGACAAGUAAGCUUAGAAAGGAGCAAGAGGAAGAAGCAAUGCUAGUAGAAAAGCUGCAAGAGCAACAGCAGCAUUUAGAGUGGUGUGAAGGGAACUUAAUGUCUGCCCAACAAAGGCUGAUUGACAUCAAAAAAGUAACUGCCUCUGAUACCAGUGCAGCUGAUAUGCUUAAUUUGCUAAGGGUUGAUGUAAAAAGGAAUAGAGAGUUUUGCAAUGAAAGGAUUGGAAGAGAACUCACUGAAAAAAUAAAAAGACUUGAGCAAGUAGAGCAGCUUCUUAAUGAGCCUAUUGUCAGCCAAAAAGACUUAGAUGGUCUACAGAAUGAUGUAAGAAAUCUGCAAAGAGAAGUUCAAUUAUUGGAAGAAAAAGCAAACAACGCCCAAAAUCCUGCAGAAGAUAAAUUGGGCGUUUAUAAGCAGCAAGCCUCACUUGUGUCUAAGAAAAAAGAGAAAGCAAUCGAAAAAUUGAAAUCCUUGGAACAAGAAGAGUCAAAAUUGGAGAAAAAAAUGAUGCAGAAAGAAAAAGAAUACGAAAAUGUCAAAGGUGGUAACAAAUUUAUGAGCAGAGAUGAGUUUACCAAAUACUCGCAAUCUUUAAGGGCGAAGAAAACUCAAUACCAACAGAUGAAAGCUCAAUUAAGAGACAUCAGAGCUGAUCUUGCAGUGCUAGGGAGGACAGAAAAAAUCCUAAAAGGCGAAGCAGAAGAGCAGAUCCGAGAAAUGAGAAACCUCGAAAGGGAGCAUGGAAUCGAAGGAGGCUUCCAGUAUCAAGAAGAAUUAGAAAAGAUUUCAGCUGCUAAGCAGGAAAUUGAUAUCCAAAAAGGAGCCACUCUUGACGAAAUUGCAAAAAUUGUAGAAGAACUCGACUACAAGAUUAAAGAAAACAGAGCAAGGUUGAGUCCCUUAGUAACUGAGCUGAGAACUGCAAGGGCAAGAUUCCAAGAACUUAAUGCUGAAUAUGAGUCUAAAAAGGCGCAAUACGACACGGUCAAUGCUUCAGUAGAGUCAGACAGAGCUAAAAUAGACGAAGAAGUUAAGCAGCUAUUAGAAGAAACCAACGCUAUGGAAAGCAAAUAUCAUCUUAUUAAUGGCCGCAUUCAACUUGCAGAUGCCCAGCUAAAACGGCUAUUGAACGAACAAGCCUGCAGGAACGGAGAAAGAAAGCUCAGCUCUGAAUACAACUCUCUCCAAGAGUGCUAUAAUAUCAAGCAGGAACAGCAAACUAAGCUUAUCUCUGAUCUUAGAAAUAAGCAAAAGAUGAUCAAGGAAACCCAUGAUACUAAUUCCAGACAAGUGAAACUGUUUUCUGAUUUAAGACGAUUUUUAGACCUGAAGAUUAGAGUAACUGAAGAAGAAAACAGAGGGCAAGGACGUGCGUUGAGAGGUAGAGAUCUUGGAGGGGAAAUCGGAGUUGGCGGGGUAAAUCGUUUGGUAUUAAAUGACUAA